AUGGCUGCUGCUUCUUCCUCUACUCCAUCGUUACUUUGUCCUGAUUCCUCGUCUUACUCAGGGAAAUGGGAGUACGAUGUCUUCUUGUGUUUCAGAGGUGCUGAUACCCGCGGUGGUUUUACCAGCCACCUCAUGGCUGCUCUUUUUCGCGAGAAAGUCAAAGCCUUCAUCGACGAUAAGCUCGACAAAAGUGAGAGCAUCGACGAGCUAAUAUCUGUUCUCCAAAGAUCCGCACUCUCCAUUGUGAUUUUCUCGGAGAAUUUUGCAGAUUCAAGCUGGUGCUUGGAUGAAGUGGCCACCAUAGCCCAAAGGAUCCAGAAAUUCGGACACCGGGUGCUUCCAGUUUUCUACAAAGUCGAUCCAUCUGAUGUAUCAGAGGAUUCUGGAAGUUACGCCGCUGCAAUUGAGCAGAAACAUGGAGCUAGACCUCCGAAAAGAAGAAAAAAGAAACGCGGAGCUAGCAAAUCUCAAGUGGAUCGGAAGAGAUGGAUGGAUGCUUUGAAAGUUGUGGCUAACUGUGCUGGCUACACUUCACAGGCAAUCAAGAUUGAUUCUGAAUUAGUUGAAGCAAUAAUCAAUGGUGUUCACAAUAUACUCAUAGACAUGUCACCGAGAGUGAAGUCUGAUAAUUUGAUUGGCAUGGAUGCUCGUGUUUCUGAAGUUGAACAACUAUUAGCCAUCAACAUGAAUGAUAUUCGCAUUAUCGAACUUUGGGGGAUGGGGGGUGUAGGAAAGACCACUCUAGCGAGAGCUUGCUAUCAAAGGCUGAUUUCCUUGACGAAAGGAAUGGAGUAUCACUUUGUCCGUGACAUCAACCAAAGGUGUGAAAAGGAAAAUGGAAUGGAAGGAAUCGUAACAAAACUCUACUCGACACUGUUGUCUGAGAGUAACAUAAGUUAUGAUGACUUAGAUGUGAGUUACAGAAGAAGUCGUCUUUCCCGUUCGAGGGUGUUUCUUGUUUUCGACGAUGUGGGAACUUUGUUGCAAUUAGAGCAAUUGUUGUUGGGCGAUCUUCUGAGUUCCACCAAUCUCUUUGCCCCAGGAAGUAGAAUUAUUUUUACAACUAGAAAUCGGAUGGUACUUGGUAAUAUAGGGGCUAGGAUCUACCAUGUUGAUAUAUUGGAUCCGGAUGAAUCUAUUCAACUCUUUCGUGUACAUGCAUUUGGAAAACGCCUACCGCCUGAUGAUUUGAUGGAACUAUCACGUCUGGCUGUAUCUUAUUGUAAGGGAUGCCCUCUAGCCAUAAAAGUUUUUGGCGGUACAUUAUUAGACAAGGGCAGAAGUUAUUGGCUGAGUUUCUUGGGUGAUAUGAGACAAAUUCCAUCCCCAGGAAUCCAUGAUGUUCUUGAGAGAAGCUACAAUGCACUGGGAGUUGAUCAUAAGAGAUUAUUCUUGGACGUCGCUUGUUUCUUCCACGCGUUACCAAAAUCUGUUGCAAUAAAAUAUUACUCUUCCAGUCAUGUACUUGAGGAUCUAAUUGAUAUGUCCUUGUGCAUUUGUGUGAUGGGCGACUUGGCUGAGGAGAUUAGCGUGCAUGACUUGCUAUCUGAAAUGGCUUGGGGGAUCGUUAAUGAGGAAUCAAAACUGGAGAACCGCACUAGAUUGGAGAAUCAGAAUGAUAUUCAGAAAAUUCUAACAAGAAGCUCGGCCUUCGAGAGAGGUAGGGCAACUGAAGGCAUAACUUUGAACCUUUCUGAAGCCAAGGAUAUACAUUUGCCGGCCAACACGUUUGAAGGGAUGACUUCUCUUAGAUAUCUCCACUUUGCAUAUCCAGGAAAAGACUCUGUAAUUUGCAAAGUUCAUUUACCAUAUGGUGGCCUCGACAGCCUUCCUGACAGUCUAAGGUGGUUGGAGUGGCACGUAUUUCCUUCAAAAUCUCUGCCAUCAACAUUUGCUCCUGAAAAUCUAGUCGUACUUAAUUUACGUGGUAGCUCAAUAUUGGAAAGAUGCUGGGAAGUUCAGCCAAAGCUUGUGAAUUUAGUGGGUCUUGACCUCUCUUACUGCAUAAAUUUAGUUGAAAUCCCGAACUCGUUGAGAUCUCCAAAUAUUGAGUACCUCUUUCUUAGGGGAUGCGCAAGCCUGGUCGAGCUACCACCUCAUGUUCAAUUUUUGAACAAGCUGAUAAAACUGGACCUCUAUGAUUGUAAAAAUUUGCGGAGUCUUCCGGUCAAACUCAACUCAAAGUUCCUCAAGUGUAUUUACUUGUCCGGCUGUCCCAAGGUCACUCGUUGUCCUGAGCUGAAUUCAGCAGAGUUGGUGUAUUUGGACCUGGCGGGGACACCCGUCGAAGCCUUGCCGUGCGAAAUUUACAAUGUCAAGCGGGGUGGCUUGGUGCGUCUCUGUGGCAAGCAUAUCUUCAGCUUCCCUGUAAUUUCAGCAAGCUUGAAAACAUUUCGGUUGUGCCAUACCGCAAUAAGAGAGAUGGAUUGUUAUGACGAUCAUAAUUAUCAGCAGGGCUCUUUGCCAAUAUUUGUUGAACUCGAGUUGAUUGGCAACGCCUAUCUCAAGAGCUUGUCAAGGAAUAUCUGGAAGAUGGUUUCUCAAACAUUCCGUCUUCGGAACUGCCAGCUGAUUGAAAGUUUACCAGAGAUCUCACAACCUGUUGAUCGCUUAACUGUGCUUGAUAUAAGAAUGUGUUCGAACCUCAAGAAUUUUCCAGCUGGCAUCGACAAUCUGAAAUCUUUGCAGCAACUCUUUUUCUCUGGCACAGAUAUUAAGUCCCUGCCUUCUGCUGUACAGAAACUUCAGCAGCUCUUCUCUCUAGAUUUGUCUUUCAACAAAGGCCUAGAGUUCAUCCCGAGAAACAUCCAUAAACUUGCCAAGUUAUCCAGACUAUAUUUGAGGAGCUGUUCAAGGAUUCAAUCUUUGCCGAAACUUCCCCCCAACCUUCAACUUUUGGAUGUAAGUGGUUGUGAAUCUUUACAAGCCUUACCAAGCAACAUAGGCAGACUGAGAUGGAACUCCCUGCGCUUUGAAGAUUGCCCACAACUGGACACGAAUCUGGCUAAAGAAGUGGUGCUUAAUUUCCCUAAUCAUGCAGCGUCGAAUCUACAUCCUCAGGGUGUUCUUCAAUAUUCGGGGAGUGAGCUUCCAGAAUGGUUUGCUUACGAAAGCACGAAUGAUUCAUGUAUGGUGGUGCAAUUGCCUACGAACUGGACUACUGAGCGACCAAUCAAGGGAAUUAUAUUUGGUGUUGUGUGUUCUUUCAAUAUUCGGAAUGUUCGGAUGACGUGCGACUGCAACAUCGGCACCACUACCGCUGCCUCUUGGAGUUCUCCUGUUAUGGAUUUAUUUGAGAGUUCAUCAGACAAAGUAUAUGUAUGGUAUGAGAAGAACUUGUUGGGUGAGACCAAGAAAGGAACACUAGAAGAAGUAGAGCCCUGGUAUGAGAGAUAUGCUGGACUCAUUGUUUCGCUCAGAUUUUCCCUUCACCCUGACAGACCAGAAGAUGCUGAGAAAUUAAAGAGCAUCAAAAUCAAAAGGCUUGGCGUCUCUGUACUGUACUAA